UCGUGGCUGCCCGACCGGAGGUUGGGGUGAGGGGAGAUUCCCGCCUUUGGAGGCAAUCCGAGAAAAGCAAAACAAAAAAGCAUUGCCGGCGGUGAGCAGGAAAACCCCAGCCAAUGGGUCAACGUUUUGGGUACUAUAAAAGUUGUCCCUUAUUCUGCCGGAGAGUCAACCUAGGUCGCAGCGUUCCAAGACAGUCGAAUCCAAGUACCCUCCAGCCAACAUGGCACGCAAACUGUUCAUCAUGGUUGCCCUUGUGGCCGUAGUUGCACUAGCCUACGCUGAGGAAGAGAAGAAGGAAGAGAAGAAGGAUGACGUCGAAGGCCGCAUUGGCUUCGGCAGUGGCUACGGCCACCUGGCAGGCGGCAACCAAUACGGCUUCAACCGCGGAAGCGCAGGCUUCAACCAGGGCAGCGGAGGCUUUGACAGCGCCAACCGCUUCAACAACGUGCAGGGCUUCAGGAACCGCGAAGGCUACCGCACGAACCAGGGCUUCGACCAGACCUCAUUCAACCGCUACGGAUCUGGUGGUGGAGGCUUCAACACUGGCUUCAACCGUGGUGCUGGUGGUGCUUUCAACCAGCACGGGUUUCAGAGAGGAGGCUACCUCGGCUGAGCGACGAGAAGUACCUAACAAAAAACCACAAGAACUGCCGAAAAGAAAGCUGUCUUCCGUGCAUUGAACCCAGGGACCUGUCUUCAGCAGUCUUAUACCAUGAAAACCACCAUUGAACUGAAGCGAAAUCACUGUCUUCGUUAAGAGAAUUACUGCUCGCUGUGAAUGCAGCGGGCAAAAGUGAAAAUAAAGCAUGUUAAUUUAUUUUAU